GUUUUCACAUUGCUUUGAUCCCUUCUUUAUAUGUAGAUUAUAUUCUGUGACUUAAAACUUUUAAUAAACAAAUUUCAAAUGAAAUCUGAAUUGCGAUCGAUGUUCUGCAAGGUGCAAUGUCCUUGCUAAGAAGACAGACGAUAGGGAUGAGGAUGGAAGACUGACCGACCUUGCAAGAUAUCCGAGACGACGCGAGCGUGGUGGGCGGGGCCACUGCUUGGCUAUAUAAAGCGGUCGCCGUCGACGUCACGCAUCAGCCUCGUAUUCCUCACCAUGAAGGUAAAGAGUAGAAAGAUAUUCUUUUCUUGUCUCUGUUUUGUAUUACUUUUAUUUCAGUGAAUUUCCUUAUCUUUAACCUCUUUCAGCUGGCACUGACGAUAUUACUGUGUGUGGGCGCUGCCGUGAAGGUGGCGGCGCAGGAUGGCUCCUAUGUGCUGGAUUCACGAGGCGUGGAGGUGGAGCAGGGACUCCAGCCUUCCCCAGAACUCUUCCAGAACCACCAGGCCUUCUCCAAAGCCUUCAAAGAACGCUCUGAAGAGAUGGCCCUGCAAUACAGUCUAGGCCAAGUCGAAUACAAUGAUCCAAACCCGGAGUAUGCCUGGGCUUACGAGGUCGACGCCAAAUCGACCGGGGACAUGAAGUCUGCCCGAGAGGAACGUCGAGGUGACGUGGUCGUGGGUCAGUACUCGGUCAUGGACCCCGACGGGUCUCUGCGCGUGGUCGACUACUCGGUGGCUCCCGGCACAGGCUUCCAGGCCACCGUCCGCAAGGAGUACACGGGCGAGGCUUUCCAGGGUCAGGAGCAGAGACUGCAGGCUCAGGCCAAGCAGUACAGUGCAAUCCAACAGGGAAGCAACUACCAACAGGACCGCAACCAGUACCAACAGAACCGUGGCCAGUACUCACAGAACCGCAACCAGUACCAGGAAAACCGUGACCAGUACUCCCAGAACUACAAUGAGUACCAACAGAAUCGCAACCAGUACCAACAGAACCGUGGCCAGUACUCACAGAACCGCAACCAGUACCAGGAAAACCGUGGCCAGUACUCCCAGAACUACAAUGAAAACCAACAGAACCGUAACCAGUACCAGUACUCACAAAAUCGCAACCAGAACCUGGAAAACAGAAGACAAUAUUCUCAGAACCGCAAUCAGUAUCAACAAAACCGCAAUCAGUAUCAACAAAACCGCAAUCAGUACUCCCAGUACAGCAACCAGUACCAACAGAACCGCUAUCAGAACCAGCAGAACGAGUACCAGCUAAACCCUAUUCAGUAUACUCGGAACCUCAACGAGUACCAACAGGACCGCAUUCAGUACCAGAAGAAUAGUUACGAUUUAACACAGAACCGUAAUCAAUACUCCCAGAAUUUUAAUGGAUACCAGAACCGCAAUCAAUACCAACAGAACAGCAACCAGUUCCAGCAGAACCGCAACCAGUACCAGCAGAACCGCAAUCAGUUCCAGCAGAACCGCAACCAGUUCCAGCAGAACCGCAACCAGUUCCAGCAGAACCGCAAUCAGUUCCAGCAGAACCGCAACCAGUUCCAGCAGGACCGCGACCAGUCCUACCAGAACCGCAAUCAAUACCAACAGAACAGCAACCAGUUCCAGCAGAACCGCAACCAGUACCAGCUGAACCGCAACCAGUACCAACAGAACUAUGACCAAAGCCUUUCCAGCCGCAACAACGUCAGGUACAACUUCCAGCGUUAUGGAACCAACCGCUUCAAUCAGAACCUGAACCGUCCUUCGCCCAGCCUCUACAGCCAGAACCAAAACCUUCUGGCCCGCUAUGGAUCCGGUUCUCAGAACCAGUACAGCAACCAGUACAACAACCACGCCUACAACCAGUACAGCACCCAAGUGAACCGGAACCAGCAGAACCAAGGUUACUCUCCCGUCAGCGUGGUUCUCGCUUCCUCGAGGAACUAACACGCGAACCGCUUUGCCAACGGACUUCUUAGACAACGAACCGUAAAAGGCGUUCACAAUGGCUGAAAAGGGUUCUCUUGGUGUAGGGAAAAAAAAAAAUUCAACUUCUUGCAAAAUAAAUAACAUCUUUUGUA